GGUAACUUGAAGUCUCCUCGUCCACCGGGCUUCACUACACCUUUCACAGAGAAUUUCAAAUCACGUUCAUCUUUGCAGGCUGGAGGUACAGUAACAAUCAACUUCAAGGUUUAAAAGUUUCUUUGAUAUAAAUCAAAAAAUGUUUGUUUGGACAUUAAGUCGUUACUUAAUGCAUGGGUAUCGUGCUUUGAGUCUUAUUCGAUCAGAGAACUUGACGCUUGAACUGCUAUUUCCUGAGGGCUACUAUAUAUUAGUAAAAUCCAACUAGUUGGUCAAAAAUAUCGAGACAAAACAACUUUAGUUAGUUAAAGCUAGACUAAUCCUUUUUUGCCCGCCAAGAAGCCGGCGCUUUUCGCUACUAGUGGGCUAUGACAUAUAGCCUAGUAGUAGCUCAACCAAUCAGUACGCAGCAUUGAUAAUAGACCAUUAGUACGAUUCGGCCUUCGGCCUCAUGAGCUAUUGACUCACAGCCCAUUCGGGCUCGAGGAAUAAUUGUUAAUUAACCAAUGGCGAUAUGAGAAGAAAGUAGUUGUUUCUAGCCAGACUGUUCGGGAUUGUAGUAGGUGCAGGGAAAAAAAGGAGGACUAGCGAUCGGUAACUUUCCCCACGUGUUAAUGGAAAAGCAAGAGAAGAACACUCGCCUCCAAACGCCUCUUUUCGUACCUCACCGCCGGACGACGCCAUGCGGCGCCAUAUGUGGUUUCGCAGUUCAUUGCUGGUCCGAGAACUCCAAUCGUGAUAUCCAAAACAGCCACUUCUAUUAUAUGUUACUACUUAAUUAUUGUUUUAAUUUUAAUAAUCAUCUAGAAAUCAGAGAUCAUUGAAAAAUGAACCAAAAAAGGAUGAAUAUUUACAAUUUUUUUUUGCUUUUAGACGUGGUUGAAGGUGAUAUUAUGCUGGACAACAGGAACGCAGCUCUUUACAGAGGAGAAAGAAAUGCCAUGAAAAAUGUUAACCUAUGGCCUAAAGGGGUAGUACCUUACAUUCUGGAUUCAAGUGUAGGUGAGUACUAACACUAUUAUGAUAAGGCUUCGCAAUUUGGGGCGUUUGAUAGGAAGUAAGAUCACUAGAAAAAAAUUUAAAAAUGGUCUGAAAAAUACAACAGGGGACUGAAAAACUUGUUAAACAGUUCCCGCCCUUAGUUCACUUCCCACUUUGUUCAGUUCAGCUUUAUGUCUACUCCGUUUCCUCACUUUCUACUUUCUCGAACCAUCUUUGCUUUCACAAUCAAAAUCAAAGCUGUCGACUACGCAAAGAAUAUAAACUCAGAGACUUAUAGAAGUCAGUCGGCCGAGGCCUUCGAAGGAAACUUGAACAUGCGAGAGAAGAAAAUGUCAGGGAGACUGAGGCGAAAUAAGAGACUGCUUACGGUCAACUUGCAGUCUAAAGAAAAGCUCCCUCGUCCGAAAAACUACGUCUCACACGCCCCUUAACUUAAGUACAUUUGAAUGUAAAAUCCUUGUUGCACUGCCAAAUGUUUCAAAUUAUGCGACUUAAUUAAAUGAAAAGAUCAGUUCUAAAGCGUGAAAGAGUAGAUUAAUUUCCGGGGGUUAACAGGUAGCUUUAGGUCAUUACAGUUACUCAAUAGCAAAUAGCAAUAUUAUUACAAAUCAACUUUGGAACUGGGAUCUUUGUGGUUAUUUCAACUUUCCAUUCAGAAUAUCGGGCAAAGUAUAUAGACAGGCGUUCAUUUUGUGAUCACGUGAUGGAGUUUUUAUCUGAAAAAGAUGGCAGAAGAAUGAUCUUUUUGUCACAUCAGUAGAAUGUGUAAUGCUUGUAAUGCAUGGCCGGCAUUUGACUCUCUAUCGUACUUGAUGCAAUAAUUAUGUUGAUUUUGUUGUGCAGAUGAUCAUUUGGCAUCCCAGAUCGCUGAAGGAAUCAAGGAGUAUCACAAGUACACGUGCCUGCGGUUUGUAAAGAGGACAACUGAAAAAGAUUACAUUAGAGUGAUGAAGCCAGCGUCAGGGUGAGUGAAGUAAAAAUACCUAAUAUUACGCAGUAUCUCAAAAGAAUGCUGCAGUGCAAAAGAACUUAUACCCCGCGAUGAAAGACUCUUUAUGGGAAAUUUAGACCUCAAGAUCUUAGCUAGUGAUGGCUAUAGCCUGUGCCAGGAUAGUGGGGACGUCGCGAAAAUAAAAUAAGAAGCGCGUGAUAAAGAGAAGGGUUGCGCGUUUUCCUCGCAUCACUUUUUACUGCGUGACUCCCUAACUAUCUUGGAGCCUGGAACAGGCUAGUAAGUCUAUACUUUUGCUACUCAUGGAACUAAGUUUUAGGUGAAUUAAGAAGUGAAGUUUCAAGUCCUAAUUUUGAUCAUUAGGUUUCUGAUCUACACAUACACGACAACAUUAUUUGUAUUGUAAUUUUCAGGUGUAACUCAAUGGUGGGCGCUGUUGGUGGAGAGCAAAUUCUGAACAUGGGCGAUGGAUGUCAGUACGUGGGUCUUGUUCUUCAUGAAUUUGGACAUGCGAUCGGUUACUAUCACGAACACAACAGACCAGACCGUGACGAUACAGUAGAAAUCAUGUGGGACAACAUCGUGUACGGUGAGCUAGGAAAUAAAUCAACUUGUUAUUUUACUUUAUUAUAUAAACUGCAGUGUUUUACAAGGAUUUCUACCACCGAGAAAUGUGGUAUCUGAACACACGUAAAAAUACGAUAUUUUUACGUGUGAAAUUAUUGAUAUUUGAUAGUUUGAGAACAUUUUAACUAUUUAUCUUGUCUUUUAUUUUGAACAAGAUACCGGACAUUUUUAAUAUUUGUAUUUAUUUUUUACUGUACUUUGUAGAGCUCCGAGUUUACACUGGAGUAUUUUAAACAAUGAAUUACAUUUAUCGGGUUCUCGACUAUAUGGCAUGGUUUUGGUUUAUGGAAUGGCUGAUUCUUGUUUAUAUAAUAAACAGAAUAAUACAUGGACGCUUGGAGAUAUGGAAUUUAUCUUCUCGUGUUCACAUUCGAUAUCUCACUCGUUCGCUGCGUUCACUCGUUCUGAUAUCGAUGUGAACACUCGAAGAUAAAUUCCAUAUCUCCAAGCGUCCAUGUAUUAUUCUCUAUUUAUCUCGGCAUCCGUGGUUGGAAUAAAGUCUUAGGUUGCAAGUCAGCCUUAUGUAUUUCGCUACCAAAAACACAGAAAGGUGAACGACGUUUUUGCAAAAUAUAAGACAAGUGUUCUUAUAUAGUCGAAAUCUGCGAACAUUUUUUAAGCUGACCUCAGACCUUUUCUGUGGGUAACUUUUCUUGCUGAAACCUUUUCUGAUAUUCUUGCUGAGACCUUUUCUGAUAUUCAGUAAAUGAAGGUAAUUUGGUAAUUUUUUUUAUUUUUGGUAAUUCAAAUUUUUCAUUCUCAUCGCAGUCAGGCCCAUGUUCACCCUAGAUGCAUUGCGCGCCCUGUACUCCAGUAAAAAACAUUUCGCGUAGUUGAAAAUCGCUGCCUUCAGUGUGCACUGCAUAUUUCCCAUCAUAUCAUAAAUUUUCAGAACUGGUAUGACUGUAAGGAAUUUUGGAAUGCUCAUUCGAAUCUCGGUUCUCGGAGGCUCAGCGAUAUUCAUCCCGGACAUUUCUUUGGCUUUAUGUAUAUAAUCCUUUUUUAUGUAAGCCAAAGGGUUAGUCUGAAAGAAGUUGAAGUGUUACACCUUCAAAUAUUUAGAGCAACCCCUAGGAAUGGUACUGACUGUUAGCUCAAUUGGCGGAACUCUUGUCUUUUCAUUGAUAAUAGGUUUUAAGGACGCUUUUUACAAAUACACUUGGGAUGAAGCUGAUGUCCAGGGCUUUAAGUAUGACUUGACCUCUAUUAUGCACUACGAGAACUCAGCCUUCACCAAUGGCUAUUGUCGCCCGACCAUGUUAGUGAAGAAUGACUAUUCUUAUGAGGUGACACCCGUUUAUUUGAGGAAAUUCAGCCCUCAAGACAUUCAGAAAAUCAAUAAGCUUUAUAACUGUCAGACUACCCAGCUACCACCAACGGGUAAGCUAAGAUCUUUUGACUUGCAACAACGUUUACAGUAUAAUGUUCAUUGUUAAGUAUCUCAGAAAACGAACCUGAUUCUUAGCUUGGUAACUGGUUACUUUCCGGCUUUAAGUCUUUUUCAACAUUUUAUUGUUAGUUGUUCGUAUAUUUUAACUGUCUAAAUGUAUUCUAUUUUAUCCGUUCUUUUAGUCUUACCUGGCAGCGGAAAUCCCGAUCCAUCUCGUAAGUUUGUAUUUCUCAUGCAAAUCAAAUUUCUCCUAAGUUUUAUCUUGGUGCAAAUAUGCUCACGAUGACGGUGAGGAAAAAGCAAAGUAUAACUAUAACUAGUUCAUUCUGAGUGACGACAUUCGGCGUCAUUGUUAUCAUUAUUUUUCCUCCAUCGAAUGUCAUAUCGAGUGCGACUACUCCCUUCCCUUCGAAAGCUUUUUUCUGCAGGAAAACCGAAUCAAUCAGAAAUAACCUCAUGAGCCUAGUAUAUGUAAUGACCUUCCACUAUAACAGUCUUCUCAUUUUUUCCUGUUACUACAGAAUGCAAAUGCGAGGAUAAAUACAAUGACUGCCAGAGUUGGGCCAACUCAGGCGAAUGUGGCUUAAACCUCAACUGGAUGUCUACCAACUGCCCCAAGAGUUGUAGAACGUGUGGUGGUAUGCCAUUACUAUAUUUAACUGGCCUUUGAUAACUGGAUGUAAAAACGGAGGAUCAAGCCCAUUCUCCAAUUUAUUUUCUAGAAUAUCACUUUAAAUUACUUAUUUAUCAAAAUGUACAUCGAGAUGCGAGGUUUUUCUGGUUGUAAGGAACCUUGACGCAACAGAUUAAAAUGAAAUUCACAUUCAUAUCGUCCAUUAAAGAGAAAACGAGUUCAUCUUAAACUACUUUCCAACGAGCCGUUGAAUCCGUUCAACCAAUCAACUCUGGCUGUUAUCAGGCAUAUGUCUUCCAAUUAAUAUUUAUUUCAGACGCCGUACUUCACCUGAGCUGUGUCGAAUUCCAAUUUCAGAGCUGACUCAAAUCAAUUUAGGCCGGCAUUUGGUUUAG